AUGGGAUUAAAUGAUGUUCGUAUUAUAGGGGUUUGGGGAAUGGGGAGAAUUGGUAAAACAACUCUUGCUAGAGUUGUUUUUCAUAUGGUUUCUAAUAAAUUUGAAGGUUGUUGUUUUCUUGCAAAUGUUAGGGAAGUUUAUGAAAAAGAGGGUUUAGUGCGAUUACAAGAACAAUUUAUUCUUCAAAUUUUCAAUGAAAGUAUGAGUAUACAAGAUGUUUGUCAUGGAGUUUCAGUGAUCGAGAAUAGGUUACGUCAUAAAAGAAUUCUUCUCGUUCUUGAUGAUGUAAAUCAAUUAGACCAAAUAAAUAAGUUAGCUGAGAAGCGUAUUUGGUUUGGUUCAGGUAGUAGAGUUAUCAUAACAACAAGGGAUAGACAUUUACUAGAAAUACUUGAAGUAGAAGAAAUAUUUGACGUUGAAGGAUUGAAUUAUAAUGAAGCUCUUCAUCUUUUGAGUUUGAAAGCUUUUAAAAAAGUCCAUCCUCCCAAGGAUUAUAUAGAGGUAUCCAAAGAUAUUGUGUAUUAUGCUAAUGGUCUUCCUUUAGCUAUUGAGAUUUUGGGCUCUUUUUUGUUCGAUAGAAGUAUUGAUAAAUGGAAAAGUACAUUAAAUAAGCUUAAAGAAUUUCCUAAUAAUGAAAUUCUCAAAGUACUUAAAAUAAGUUUUGAUGGACUUGAUGAGGUAGAGAAGGAAAUAUUCCUACACAUUGCAUGUUUCUUUAAUCAUAAGAUCAAAAAUGAUGUAGUAAAAAUACUAGCUUAUCUUCACCUUUCCCCUAAUGUUGGAAUGGAGGUUCUUGUUGAGAAAUCUCUCAUAAAAGUUCGUGGCAAUAGAUUGUGGAUGCAUGAUUUACUACAACAAAUGGGUAGGGAUAUAGUUUAUCAAGAGUGCCCUAAAGAACCUGGAAAGCGUAGCAGACUAUGGUCAUUUUGGGACAUUAACAAUGUACUCACAAAUAAUAAGACAAAAACUACAGGAACAGAGGCAGUUCAAGGCGUAGUACUAGAAUUUUAUGUACCAAAAAUGGUAGAUUGGAAUCCCGAAGCCUUUGCAAAGCUGCAAUAUCUAAAAUUGCUCAAAAUUUGUGGCGUUCAUCUUACGAAUGAUCUUAAACAUCUUCCCAAUAGCUUAAGAUUUCUUGAUUGGAAAGGGUACCCUUUGAAAUCGUUGCCAUCAAGUUUCCAAUCAAAUGAGCUUGUUGAACUUUGCAUGUGUUGUAGCUACAUUGAACGACUUUGGAAAGGAACAAAGAGUUUUGAGAUGUUGAAAUUUAUCAAGUUGACAAAAUCUCAAAAACUUAUUGAAACCCCAAACAUCAUUAAAGUCCCAAAUCUUAUGACAUUGGUUCUUGAAGAUUGUAUAAAUUUACGUACAAUUCACCCAUCAAUUGGAAUUCAUAAAAUGCUUACUAUUCUUAAUUUAGAAGGAUGCAAGAACCUCACAAGCCUUCCAAGCAAGUUUGAAAUGGAUUGUCUUACGUAUCUUAAUCUUUCCAGAUGCUCAAAAAUAAAACAAAUUCCAGAAUUCGGGAGAAACAUGAAACGUGUACACACACUUCUCUUGGGUGGUACUGCAAUUACAAAACUACCCACAUCAAUUGAGCAUUUGACUAAUCUUGAUUCAUUGAGUUUAUGGGAUUGCAAAAAUCUUGUGUGUUUACCUAGCACCAUUUGUAAUUUGAAGUUGGUUAGAUUAGUCGAUCUUUACGGAUGCUCAAAGCUAAAUAGACUGCUAGAGAACCUAGGGAAUGCCGAAAGUCUAGAGCGGUUGUACAUGAGCAAAACUGCUAUAAGAAAGGUCCCUUCUUCCAUUGGUCUCUUAAAGAAUCUUAAAACACUGUCUUUCAAUGAAUGUAAGGGGUUAUCAUCAUCAUCAUCUAAUAAAUUGUGGAAUGAGCUCCUCCCUUUUUAUUCAAUGCGAAGAAGUCCUGAUCCCAUGGACAUGCUAUUCUCUUCUUUAUCAGGUGCAUGUUCUUUGACUGGCUUGAACUUAAGCGAUUGCAAUCUCAAGGUAAUAUCUGAUGAUAUUGGUUCCUUAUUCUCUUUAGAACUUUUGGAUCUAAGUGGAAAUGAUUUUGUUUGCCUUCCGGAAAGCAUCAUUCAACUUUUGAAAUUGAAAUGGGUGGUGUUGGAUAAUUGCACUAGUCUUCGAUCAUUGCCAAAGCUUCCAUUGAAUAUUGAAUCCAUUUAUGCCGAAGGAAGUGAAAUGCCAGAGUGGUUUAGGCACCAAAGCAUGGGGGCUGAAGUGAAUAUAAAACAACCCUCUCAUUUGUAUAAUGAGUGGAUGGGAAUUGUUGUUUGCAUUGUGUUUUGUUCACAUGAUGUUGAUCACCAAAUCAGUUGCUUAAUUCCCCUGUACUGUUCAUUGACAGCCAAUGGAAAAAGAAUGUCUCCUGCACUAGGCAAUAGCUUAAUUCCUAAGGUUUUACCAGAUCACCUUUGGCUACUCUAUGUAACUCCUCAAUUCUUCGAUGAGAAAUCAAAUAAAUUAUUGUCUGAAAGUGAUGCGAAUGGAUUCACUCAGAUUGGAAUAAAAAUUGAAACAGGAGGUCCAAGCGAGGAGGUUAAAAAAUGCGGGUUCCGUAUGAUAUACAAUAAAGACAUAAAAGAUCUCGACCGAACAAUGGCCCAGCAUAGCAACAGCAGCAUCUCUCCUUAUGAGAGCAUGGCUAUGAUAGUGGAAUGUGACAAAGCCAAACGAAGUUGUGAUGAUUACGAUGGGGCUGGACUCAGUGGAGAAGGAAGCUCUAAUGACAUAUCAAAUCCAAAAAGGAUUAAAAGGCACACAGAAACCCAUGGUAACUCUGAUUGUGAGGAGUAA